AAUCCACAAAUUUUGAGAAAUCUCUCGCUGUGGGUUUUGUGUGGAGUCUUGCGGUAGAGAUAACUUUCUGAGCACCGAGGAAGACGAAACGAUGGGUUUUGUCUUAACCUGUACUUGUCCCCCUUCCUCCUCGCUCCUCGUUGUCUCUCAGCUCCAUCAUCACCAGUUCUCCGCCGGAGUAAAAAGCUGCGAGCUUUGGCGUCGUCAUCAGUUAUCUCCUCCGACCCGUAGAGCCCUAAUUUCGAAUUCACGUUGUUUCAAUCUCCCUCAAGAACCCAUUCUCUCCGAGGCUCUCAAGGAGCCAAUUGCAUUUGUGGGUGGGAUGUUUGCUGGACUUCUAAGACUUGAUCUAAACGAAGAGCCGCUCAAGGAUUGGGUGACGCAAACUGUUGAAGCUUCCGGUAUUAUGGAAGAGGGAGCUGAUGCGGAUGGGAUGGUCUCGGAUGACGAAGAAGCUCCUCAACAGAUUGAGAUUGAAUGAGGUCUGAGUUGUAUAUGAAUGAUGUCUCUUAUAUCUCAUUGGACCACAAGCAACUGUGAUUUUGGUUCUGCAGUGACUGCCUUUACCAUAUGCUAGGAUCUUGUGUAAUGUAACCUUGUGUUCUUGAUGUAAAAAUAAACAGAAAUCCAAACAACAACGUUUCAUCUUGAUA